AUGGGAAAGGACAAAUUCCUCCACACUCCUCCACAAGCUUCAAGAAGCAAGCUGAACCAAAGAAGUUCAAAUGGAAGUGCCACAAGUGUGGCAAGAUGGGCCACAAAGCUAAUGUUUGCCGUAGCAAAGCUGGUCCAAGUGAAGACAAAGGGAAGUCUCAGGCUCACCUCACAGAAGAUGACUUGUGUGCUGUGGUCACUGAAGUCAACAAUGUUGAGGACAACCCAAGGGAGUGGUGGUAUGACACAGAUUGAGGGUCAUGGCAAAGUGGUGCUGAAGAUGACCUCAGGAAAGGAGAUCACUCUCCAAAAUGUGAAGCAUGUGACAGACAUGAGAAAGAAUCUGAUUUCUGGUACUCUUAUGAGUAAGGCCGGAUUUGCUACCAAUUUCGAGUCUGACAAGCUUGUGCUCAAGAAACAUGGAGUUUAUUUGGGAAAGGGGUAUGUUAAGGAUGGACUUGUCAAAAUGUGUGUCAUGCCAGUCAUCCGAAACUGA